CUCAGCUCCUCCUCCCAGUGAACAGCCCAGCUGGGAUAUAAGCAAGUCACUGAGGCCCCGGGAGCUGCCGCGACAGCUGGGCGGGUGGCGUGGGACAUCGCGCCGUGACCUGAGCCGUGCCCUUCGCCUCGACGCCGGACCCCAUGGCGACGCCUUCGCAGAAGAGGAGCACCCGCAGCGGGGCUUCGGGGACCCCCCUGUCCCCCACACGCAUCACCCGGCUGCAGGAGAAGGAGGACCUGCAGGAGCUCAAUGACCGCCUGGCCGUGUACAUCGACAAGGUGCGCUCGCUGGAGCUGGAGAACGCCGGGCUGCGGCUCCGCAUCACCGAGUCCGAGGAGGUGGUGAGCCGCGAGGUCUCGGGCAUCAAGGCUGCCUACGAGUCGGAGCUGGCGGAUGCCCGCAAGACCUUGGAUUCGGUGGCCAAGGAGAGGGCUCGGCUGCAGCUGGAGCUCAGCAAAGUGCGGGAGGAGCACAAGGAGCUGAAAGCCCGGAAUGCCAAGAAGGAAGGGGACCUGCUGACUGCCCAGGCACGCCUUAAGGAUGUGGAGGCUUUGCUUAAUUCCAAGGAAGCUGCUCUCUCCACGGCCCUGGGUGAGAAGAGGAAUCUGGAAAACGAAGUGAGGGACCUGAGGGGACAGGUGGCCAAGCUGGAGAGCGCCCUGGGCGAAGCCAAGAAGCAGCUGCAGGACGAGAUGCUGCGCCGCGUGGACGCCGAGAACCGGCUGCAGACCCUGAAGGAGGAGCUGGAGUUCCAGAAGAACAUCUACAGCGAGGAACUGCGGGAGACCAAGCGGCGCCACGAGACGCGGCUGGUGGAGAUCGACAACGGGCGGCAGCGGGAGUUUGAGAGCAAGCUCUCCGAGGCCCUGCAGGAGCUGCGCAGCCAGCACGAAGCCCAGAUCAGGCUUUACAAGGAGGAACUGGAGAAAACCUACGGGGCGAAGCUGGAGAAUGCCAAGCAGUCAGCUGAGAGGAACAGCAACAUGGUGGGUGCUGCCCACGAGGAGCUGCAGCAGACCCGCAUCCGCAUCGACAACCUCUCCUCGGAGGUCAGCCAGCUGCAGAAGCAGCUGGCGGCUAAGGAGGCGAAGCUGCACGACCUGGAGGACAUCCUGGCCCGGGAGCGCGAGACCAACCGGCGCCUGCUGUCCGACAAGGAGCGGGAGAUGGCCGAGAUGAGGGCGCGCAUGCAGCAGCAGCUGGACGAGUACCAGGAGCUGCUGGACAUCAAGCUGGCUCUGGAUAUGGAGAUCAACGCCUACCGCAAGCUGCUGGAGGGCGAGGAGGAGCGGCUGAGGCUGUCUCCCAGCCCUUCAUCCCACAAAGGUGCAUCCCGAAGCCACCUGUCCACCGCAGGCUCCUCCAAGAAGAGGAAGCUGGAGGACAGUGAGAGCCGGACCAGCUUCUCCCACCACGCCCGGACCAGCGGCCGUGUUGGCGUGGAGGAGGUGGACUUGGAGGGCAAGUUUGUCCGUCUCAGGAACAAGUCCAACGAGGACCAGGCCAUGGGGAACUGGCAGAUCAAGAGGCAAAAUGGGGACGAUCCCCCCCUGACCUACCGCUUCCCCCCAAAGUUCACCCUGAAGGCUGGCCAGGUGGUCACGAUCUGGGCCUCAGGAGCUGGAGCAACCCACAGCCCCCCCAGUAAUUUGGUGUGGAAAGCCCAGAGCAGCUGGGGCUCCGGGGACAGCCUGCGCACCGCCCUCAUCAACUCCAACGGGGAGGAGGUGGCCAUGAGGAAACUGGUGCGCACUGUGAUCAUCAACGAUGACGAGGAUGAGGAUGAUGAUGAAAUGAGCAUCCACCACCGCCACCACCAUGGCUGCAGUGGCUCUGGGGACCCUGGCGAGUACAACCUGCGCUCCCGCACCGUGGUCUGCGGCACGUGUGGCCAGCCAGCUGACAAGUCGGGCUCCCAGAACGCCGGCAUCAACACCAUGUCCUCGGGCUCGUCCACCUCCAGCGUGACCGUCACCCGCAGCUACCGCAGCAUGGGCGACUCCGGCAUCGGCCUCGGGGACAGCCUGGUGUCCAGGAACUACCUCCUGGGGAGCUCCAGCCCCCGCAGGCAGGCUCAGGCUGUGCAGAACUGCAGCAUCAUGUAAUUCCAUGGCGCAUUCCUGUGGUUCCUGCCCGUCUCCAGCUAGGUUUGUUUUUUUUUUUUUCCCAAAGCAACAGAAUUUUUUUUCCUUAAAAAACCAAGAUAUCAAAAACCAAGGUUGUUUUUUUUUUUUUUUGGUUUUCUAUAGCAGGAAUUUUAUAUAUAUAUAUAUUAAAAGUGCUAAAAGAUGCUUUGAUUUUUUUUUGUAAAGAAAAAAUCUAUUUCUAUAUAAAAAAACCAAACCAAAAAAUAGCUUUUCAGCUUCAAAUAUUUUUUAGAACUUCAGCCAAAGACAGCAAAGAACUGUGUUUACACAGCAGCCAUGCAGGAGGAGUUUGUAGUUGAAAUUCUCCUUCGAUUGUACCUUUUUUGCCAAAGCUUUUUACAUAGGACAGGGAGAAGUGCAGCCAUACCCACUGGAGCUGCGUGCCACAGCGGCUGCUGUCCUGUCUCAAGCGGAGCACAGUGCCUUUACAACCCUUUUUCUUGGGAUCUGAAGCCAAAAUUCCCCUUUUUUUUCCCUUUUUUGAGUUGUGAUUCCUGGCGGUGCUGGCGCGGGGGCUCCUGGCAGCUCGCGGGCGAUGCCCACGUCUCUCUGUGGCCAUUGCCCCCUCCCCAGCCCCCUGCCCGCCUGCACCCCGUGCUCUAUGUACUGUAUUCCCCACAUUCCCCAUCCCAGGCACCUCUUGCCCUUUUUCUUAACCAGCCAAGUCGUGCCUUAGCUGAGGUGGGGGCCGGGCUGGGAGCCCCACUGGAGCCCGGCUGAGCGGAGGUGGAGCAGGGCAAGUGAAAACAGCGGAGCUGCGUUUUGGGACCAGAUGGAUUUGACAGCUGGGGUGGUGGAGCUCGGUCCCACAAGCUCAGCCCCAGCAGGGCCACCCAGGCCCCUCUUUGAGAGCCACUGCAGCCAGAGGGGCUCACCCCACCAGAGGGGUUCAUCUCCCCGAGGGGUUCAUCCCCCCCAGAGGGGUUCAUCCCCCCGAGGGAUUUAUUCCCCACUGAUCUAGAGGGGUUCAUUCCCCCCAAGGGGUUCAUCCCCCCUGUAUCCAGAGGGGUUCAUCCCCCCUGCAUCCAGAGGGGUUCAUCCCCCUGAGGGAUUCAUCCCCCACUGAUCUAGAGGGGUUCAUCCCCCCUGCAUCCAGAGGGGUUCAUCCUCCCAGAGGGGUUCAUCCCCCCUGAUCCAGAAGGGUUAAUCCCCCCCUGCAUCCAGAGGGGUUCAUCCCCCUGAGGGAUUCAUCCCCCACUGAUCCAGAGGGGUUCAUCCCCCUGAGGGAUUCAUCCCCCCUGUAUCCAGAGGGGUUCAUCCCCACUGCAUCCAGAGGGGUUCAUCCCCCCAGAGGGAUUCAUCCCCCCUGAUCCAGAGGGGUUCAUUCCCCCUGAGGGAUUCAUCCCCCCUGAUCCAGAGGGGUUCAUCCCCCCUGCAUCCAGAGGGGUUCAUCCCCCAUCUGCAUCCAGAGGGGUUCAUCCCCCCUGAUCCAGAGGGGUUUAUCCCCCCUGCAUCCAGAGGGGUUCAUCCCCCUGAGGGGUUAAUCCCCCACUGAUCCAGAGGGGUUCAUCCCCCCAGAGGGGUUCAUCCCCCCUGAUCCAGAGGGGUUUAUCCCCCCUGCAUCCAGAGGGGUUCACCCCCUGAUCCAGAGGGGUUCAUCCCCCCAGAGGGGCUCACCCCCUGAUCCAGAGGGGUUCAUCCCCCCGAGGGGUUCACCGUCCCCCUGUAUCCAGAGGGGUUCAUUGCCACUGCAUCCAGAGGGAUUCAUCCCCCCCAGAGGGGUUCAUCCCCCCCUGUAUCCAGAGGGGUUCAUCCCCCAGAGGGGUUCACCCCCUGAUCCAGAGGGGUUCAUCCCCCCCUGUAUCCAGAGGGGUUCAUCCCCCCGAGGGGUUCACCCCCUGAUCCAGAGGGGCUCACCCCACCUUCCCCCGGCUGCAGUUACUCAGGCUCAUCUCUGGUGGCCAGAGCUCAGGAGCUGUUUCAGGGAUUAAGAGGAAGAUGCUCAGUCCAGGUCAGAGCUGCUUGGCCAGGAAAGCACCUAGGAAGGCUUUUUGUUCGAGUGAGGUGGGUUUUGGGGUCUGGUGGGUGCAGCUUCCCCCUUGGCAGGAGCCCUCCAGCCACUGGCAGAUCUCUUGGCUUUUUGCCUUGAUUGGGAAACGCCUGCAGCCCCCCCUGACCUCAAGUGCAGCAGAAGGGUGGGGCUGGAGAAGGUUCCAGGACAAGCCCCCCACUCCGGUGGGUUUUGGGGAGGUCGUGUAUGUAUCUAUGCUUGCAAAGCUUCUGUAUUACUGCCUGUAUUUUCUUCCAGACUCAAAAUACAGCUGAACCCUUCCCACGC